AUGACAAAGGAUUGCAGUGACUCCUUGGAGAAGAUAACGAGAGCUGAGUAUGAAUCAGCAGAAAACCUAGAAAGUCUUUUGUCACCGAGGGUCCAGGGACCCGGUUCAAAAGAGGAAAGUUUUGAAUCUCCCUUCCAGCAGCAUCCCCCGAAAAUUCAAAAGACCUUUCUCCUUCCAGAGUUUGAUCAUCCAUCCCAACCAAGAACCAUGGAUCUCGCAACCCGGAACAUAAAAUUUUUGUGGAUAGUCAGUACGCUUCUGCUGUUGCUGGUGAUGCCAGGGGAUGCAGGCAACUUCCCUACCUACUCUUGGAGAGAUGCAGAGACCCAGGAGUGGCUAGUGUGUGAUCAGUGCCCACCUGGCACUUUUGUGAAGCACCACUGCAGCUACAAGAGUCCCACAGUUUGCCAGCCAUGCCCAUCACUCCACUAUACACAGUACUGGAACUACCUGGAGAAAUGCCGAUACUGCAAUGUGUUCUGCGGGGAGCAUGAAGAGGAAGUUCAGGCUUGCAACGCCACUCACAACCGAGCUUGCCGCUGCCAGUUGGGCUACUAUGCCCAUGCUGACUUCUGCAUUGAGCACUCAGCCUGCCCUCCAGGCUCUGGUGUGGUCACUUUGGGGACUCCAAACCAGAACACACAAUGCCAGCCAUGCCCCAAAGGCACAUUUUCAGAUAACAGCUCCAGCACAGAGAGGUGCCAGCCACAUCGAAAUUGCACCACCCUUGGCAUGUUCCUCAAUGUUCCUGGGACUUCAUUCCAUGAUGCCAUUUGCACACGCUGUUCUGGUUUCCUGAGCAGCACUCCUGAGCCAGGUGACAAGGAAUGUGAACAGGCAGUGAUUGACUUUGUGGCUUUCCAGAACAUUUCACUAAAGAGACUGAUGAGGCUGCAGCAGGCCCUGGAGGCCCCUGGUAGCUGGCAUAGGCAAUGGCCAGAGCCAGAGAGCCGGGCUGCUGUGCAGAAGGAGCUACUGCACAGGUUAACUGAACUCAGUGAGACCCAGGGAUCUUCAGGCCUUCUACUACAGUUGCUACAGGCUCUUCGAAAAGCUAAGCUAACCACUUUGGAGAGGAAUAUUCAGAAGCGCUUCUUCCUUGACCUGAAAGACUAGACCACCUCCAACCCCCAGAUGUGCCCAAGGUUCCAUUAUGCCAGCUCCUCCUCUGGGAAGCUAGACCCUGGAAGUGUUCUGGAGCUCAGACCAUGGUGCAGUCUCUCCUCUGGAGAAAGCCAAUAGGCAGUGUCCCUUCUGGGCCUCCUACUACUCUUUGGGCUUAUUUAUUUCACAGCUAGGUGGUACAGUGGAUAGAGUGCUGGGCCUGGAGUCAGGAAGACUCAUCUUCCUGAGUUCAAAUCUGCCC